AUGGCCCGCUACCAAGGCCUCGACUCGUCCGACCUGUUCCGCUUCGACACCCUCGCCUUGCGCGACGACAUCCUCGUCUCGGACGACAACGCCGUCUCCAAGGUCGAGUACGAUGAGUACGUCGUCUUCAAGAAGGACAAUGGCAUCCCCUCGGGCGCCAAGACGGGGCUAGAGGACGACGAGGAUAUCAGUUUCCAAAUGCAGCACAAGGACGAGGUGCCGGGUCACCACACGCUUAAUCUAGCCUUUCGUCAUGGGUACUCUGUUGACCAUAAUGGAGUGUUCACACAAGAGCCGGCACGGCACCCAGAGUUGGUUCUAGAUGGACGGGUUCGACGAGUCAUCUGCUUCCGCCGCAACAAAUCCUUUGACCGCCGAGAAGACGGCAUCACCAUGACCCCAAGAGACCUCGACGCAAUGGAUCUUCACCCCGCCACCCUCCAAUACUCCCGCCGCGUCACAAACGAAUCCCGCUUCUGGUCCCUCGACCGCUCCAAACUGAGCCUCAUUCUCUCCUUCUCCAAAAACCCAAGAACCCCCUACGACUUCAUGUCCCUGACCUACGACGUCCGCAACCGCACCUCCUCCGUCCUCGUCCGCCAAUCCUACCACCCGCGCCAGCACUCCCUCGAGAACCUAGACGAAUACGACCAGCGCCUCGAGGCCUGCCGCGCCCACUGGGCCCACCCCUUCAUCACCCCCGUCGUCCUCCUCCAAGUCCAGUUCAUGCGCACCGAAGAGGCCGUCAUGGAGAACAUCAACCACGUCAAAGCCCUCGAGUGGCAGGUCAGCUCCAUCGCCGGCUUCGAGGCCUUUGAAAUGGAGCGCGAGAAGCGCUCAAAGCUCAUGCGCAGACUCACGUUCGCCUCGUCCACGGCCGCGGCCUCGCAUAACGAGAAAAUGCCACAGAUUGCCGGGCCGAUGAGCAUGGCGAACCUGAUGAAGAGCGCGCACGACGUGCUUAAAGAGUCGAUCAAGCUGCUAGACACCGUGCGUUGGAUGGAGAGGGUGGUCAAGCUGAUGCUGCAGGCCGGCGACGAGCUCGCGGAGCGCAUGUCGACGGGGGAACUCAAGAUCCGUCUCGACGAUUUCCACGUACGACAGACGGACGCCGAUCAGAGGGAUGAACAGGACCAGCAAGUGCAGCCCGACGAGCCGCCCACGGGCCCGCCGUCGAGGUCGUCUGCGAGUACGAGGAGGCGGUCGCUGCCCAAGGCGCCGGAUCCGCUGGCUGAUCCGCUGGGGAACCAUUGGCAUGAGAUACGGCAGUAUCUUGAGGGGUUGCAGCGGAUGUGCAUGGGUCUCGAGACGGAUCGACGCAUGUCGGAGGCCCGGUGCCGCGCUCAGAUUGAUAUUGUGAGCAUCAUAUAUUACAUCCUCACCGUGUCCCCCAAAGCUAACACUACCCAGAUCUACAGUAAAAUGGCCCAAGAAGACAACGUCCUCAACGCCCGCAUGGCCGUCGCCUCCUCCCGCGACUCCUCCUCAAUGAAAGCCCUCGCCGUAAUAACAGCAGUCUUCCUCCCCGGCGAGUUCCUCGGCACCCUCUUCGGCAUGUCCAUGUUCGACUGGCAAGCCUCAGGCGAAGACGCAGACAGCAGCGACAACGGAGGCGGCACCUCCACGAACCCGAAAGAUCCCAUCCCCGUGCUGAGCCACCUGUUCUGGGUCUACUGGGCCACCGUCAUCCCUCUUACGAUAGGUAUCCUCGUCGCCUGGCGCGCGUGGUGGGUGAGCCAGGACCGGUAUUUCCGACGGCACCUGUCGAGAGAGUUGUCGGAGGAGCGAUACUGGACUGCUGAUGGGAAGCCGAGGGAUUUGGAGCAUUCUUUCUGGUGGGAUUUCUUUUAUCUGUCUGUGAGGCGGGAUGAGCGGCCCGCUCCGUCCGCGAGCGAUCUGUAUGGGAGUAAUACGCUUGAGCUGUCGCCGAGUAUGUCGCAGGAUAAGGACGACAUGAGGUCACCGCGAGGGGAUAUGACUGUGCGGAGAGGGCAGAUCUCGUUUUUGAGGUCGCAGAGUAUCCGGCAGCGGAAUACUGUUGCUGUGUAG